AUGUCAACUCUUCCAUCCCAAACACAAUACUUGACUGCUGCUGAAAACGAUCGACCGCAAAAAGGUCCAGAGGUUCAGAUGACGAACGAGGAUAUCACUGAGCUUGAUCGCUUCCUUCAAUCACCUUCGACAACUCCCGCUUCGCAAGUUACGGGAGCGCGCGAACUCCUAAAGGCCGGCCACCGGCGUCUUCGGCAGCUGGCGCAGCUCCAGUGGAAACCAAUGGACCCCAAGACCAAAGCUGAGGAGACGUCCCGUCAUCUCCUUGUCCUCCAGCAAGAGGGGUUUCUCAGUUUGCCAGCUUCAGCUGCAAAGAAAAGCCUUGACUCGGCGAUGUCGGGCUCGAGAUCCGCGUCAAACUUUAGCUUCCGAUCGAGCUCUCAGCGAGACGUUGAAAAGAUUGGCCAGCCGUGGCUUGAAAAUCCGCUCGAAGUGUCCGAUACGCAACACCUCAGAGGCCCCGAGCCGUCGCCACUAGAUUUCGGUAAUUUGACGUCCAUAGUUGAGGCGGCAGUGUCUUUCCCACUUCACUUUGAUGACACUCACCCACCGCCAUACCAGCCGCCGGCGAACACCACCAGCGACGGGCAGAUCGAAAGCCAGGAUUCUCGUCACCUCCACGGUGCAGCAUCUCAACUUAAACCCAAGGAACGGCGUAUGGAAGAUCAAGGUGGUCCAUCGCCAGUGGACAAUAGACAAGUUCCCACGAACGACAAAGGUCAUAUUUCUCCCACCCUGAUUCCAGGAAAUGGUAUAGCGUGCGAUGAACCAAAAGAUGGCAAAUCUCAGGCUCUGGAUUCUGUUGAAAAUCAGAACAACUCUGCACAAUUACCGAAACCCCCAACGUCAGGAGCAAAAGUUGUUUCUAGACGUCCGCCAAAUCCGGUCACUCAGUCGUUGAAGCUCUUCCCUGACACGAUGCCUCCUCGUGUUUCAAGCAAGGGAGCUUGGCGCAUCCCCAACAAUCGAAUAGCAGGCAAAGAUGCACCAGUUUCUGCCAAUUCCUCCGACAGGCAGCAGAUUCCCGCACCUGUCACCUUGAAAAGAAAGACAGACAACCUCAAAAAUUCGGCCAAAGGCCCUUCGGAAUGUCAGGGCCAGCCUCAGAAAUCAUACCACUCAGGCAAGGUGUCGACAACGCGACCGGGGAAACCCUGUAGCGAACCGGGGAUGAGUCCAAUACAUUCAGAAUCUCCACAGUUGAACAAUACACGUCGUCCUGCAUCGUUACCAACAGGCACCAUAGACUCAUUCCCUCUGCCAGCGCCCUUGAGACCUCUGCCAUCACUGCCCGAGCGGCCUCCUGCUCUCAACACCGUUCGCCACCAUAGCACCCCGGUCAGCAAAGCAGCAACUCGGAAGAAUCGCAACCACUCGGACGCCUUUCCAACCACCACUUCUAAGAACCGCUUAGACACCGAAGACUGUCGCUCGAAUACACAAUCUGCACUCCCUCAGUUGAGAAUGGUUGGGGAAGACACGCCCGCUAGCGAGCAGGGUAACACUGUCAAGGAGACACCGCACAAUCAGCCAGAGUCUUCUGGGAAAAUGGGACACAAUCGGGCGGAGAGGGUGCGUUCACUCAUGUCCAGAGACUUGAUGGCAAGUCGUAUCAGCCUCGAUGCGCCAGAAACUCCUCGUGAGGCGAGAAAGGGCGAUGGGAUCAAUCCACCAGCAUCUCGAAAGAGCUCCGGGCCCGGUCAUAAAUUGCGAACUGGCGACGAAAACGGAGCUCGAGAAAACACAUCAAUCCGAAAGGAAGCAACUCCGUCCGCUCCUUUGUCGCCUCCUCUUUCCCCACCUCCCGCUCCACCACUUGUGCAGUCUGCGGAACAGCUGCCGUUCAGCAGGCGGUAUGGCAGCUCGCCCACAGAUAUCAUGGCAGCAUCGACAGAGAGGAGAGGGCUAUCUCUUCCCGCUUCAAACAGGAGCCCUACGUUGCACCGAAGUAACAGGACGCGGAGCAUCGAUGUCCUUCACGAAUUGGUGGGUAGAGAACAGAACACUUCGAACCGAGCCGGGUCUCCGCUCCCUUCUUCGGAUGAUGAGUGCAUGGAUAAAGGUACAUCCAAGUAUGAGCUACGCCAAGGAUCCAGCGGAUGUCGACGAACGAAGGUAGCCUCAAGGAAGUCGAGCGACAUUUGUCUGAACAGACAGCGUGGCCCGAAGAAGUCUGGAAUCCCAGAUCAUGCGGGGCCCUUGACGCCGCGAAGGCAAAGAAGCCGUAUUCGGGAGAAGACGUCUUCACCAUCGCUGGACUCAUCGAGUCCGUACCAUUCUCAUCACGACCGUCGGAAUAAGCGUGACAAAGCUGCCCACGCUCUCAAUUCUCUUGAAGGACGCAUUGAACAGCUGGAGCGCCAGAACCGGAUCCUUCAGGCGGCCCUUUUUGCGGCUUUAGAUGUCGGUGUCAAGCGCAAUACGGAAGCCCUGCUUGGGGGUUCAACGACAUCGCUUUCCGCCUCCGCGAAUUCUUCAAGUGCGGAAAGGUCUUCUCCGUCCUCGACGGAUCGCUCUCCCAAACUGCGUGGUCGCGCAGUAGUAAAUGGAAGACGAUCACGCAUGAAAAAAACCCUUCGUCGCCCGGAAAGCUGGAUUGACAGCCCCGGCUCCAGUCUGCGAAGCGGUUAUCAAAGUGAUGACAGUGUCAGUGUCAGAGAGCUUGAGGACAUGAUCGAAGACCUUGAAUUCACUUGUUUAUCGGACAAGCCCAGGUUCCGAUAG